ACUCGAUCCUCCAUAGGAAAGCCAACACAUGUGCGCCAUAGUCUGACGAAGUGGCAACAUGUUAAAAUUUGUGGUGUUUGUGGUCCUCCUCGGGCUGGCCCUAGCCCAAAGAGAGACUUUUGAAAAUUACAAGGUCUUCAGAAUACUACCCACGAAUGAUGAGCAGAUUGGCCUCUUGCAUCAGAUUGCCGAUACAUCCAAUGGACAGUACUCAUUCUGGAACGAACCCAGCCACGUGAAUGUAACUGCUGAUUUGAUGGUCUCACCUCAAAAAAUCGAGGAGUUUGAACGAUUGAUGGACCUGACUGCAACAAAGUACGUUCCCUAUAUCGAUAAUGUUCAACAGCUGAUUGACGAUGAGAAUCCCGUCCUCGAAAGACUGACUACUGAGUUCGACUGGACUAGUUAUCAUAAACUUGAAGAGAUCUACGCUUGGCUGGAUUCACUUGCCACGACUUAUCCAGACAAAGUGCAAGUUAUCGUUGCUGGUAGCACUUAUGAAGGUCGUCAGAUCAAGGGUGUCAAGGUUUCAUUCAAAGAAGGAAAUCCUGGUGUAUUUAUCGAGGGAAAUAUUCAUGCUCGUGAAUGGAUCACAGCUGCCACGGUUACCUAUAUGCUCAAUCAAUUACUCACUAGCCAGGAUCCAGUUGUCAGAGAAUUGGCAGACAGACACGACUGGUACAUAUUCCCAGUCUUCAAUCCUGAUGGAUAUGUCUACACUCACAAUACUAACCGUCUUUGGCGAAAAACAAGGAAGCCCUACAGUGCAUUCUGUCGUGGAUCCGAUCCCAACCGCAACUGGGGCUACAAAUGGAUGCAGGGUGGUGCCAGCAGAAAUCCAUGCGCUGAAACAUACGCUGGGUCGUCGGCUUUCUCUGAUGUUGAAACCAAAUCGGCAUCGCAAUAUAUUGCUUCCAUCUCUGACAAAUUUUACGCUUAUAUUGCAUUCCAUAGCUAUUCGCAACUUCUACUCUUCCCCUACGGUCACACCAGUGCUCAUCUUGAUAAUUAUGAUGAUCUGUACGCAAUUGGAACUCAAACGAUUAAUGCAUUAGCCAGGAGGUACGGCACCAAGUACGUUACUGGAAACGUUGCUGAGACAAUUUACGUCGCCAGUGGCAGCUCCGUCGAUUAUGUGAAAGGCACCUUCCAAACACCGAUCACCUACACCUACGAACUUCGUGAUAAGGGAAGGUAUGGCUUCCUUCUUCCAGCUAAACAAAUUAUUCCUACUGGAGAGGAGACUCUUGACUCUCUCGUUGCCAUGUUCAAAAGUGCUCGGGCACGAGGGUACCCGAAGACGGUAUGAUAUGGUCGUGAAUAUCAUGAACUUGGAGUAGGAUGGAAUUUUAAGGAAAUUUUAUAACUCCCUCGAAUUUUAUAUUUAGCUUUUAUGAUGAAUAAAGUACAACUGUUGCGUUACAAAA